AUGAUCAGGGUCGUUGUUAAAACAGUUACCAGACUAAACUCACAAUGCAAGUUUUACAGUACUGUUUCCGGAGGCGUGCAAGGAGUUGAAGGGCGAGUGCCGCGUGUUAAUCAGAGAUCAGAAAACACCACCAGUUUGUCAAUAACAGACCCUUACCUAAUAUACCUUGGUUACAUUCAACAAGGGAUCCUAGAAAAAGAUGAAUCACAAUUACGAGUAAUGAAAGAGUUUCAAAAAUUGUAUCAUCGAGUUCUUGAUUAUACUCCACCAGAAGAAUUGCAAAUACAAUUGAGUCUCAUAUUGCGACAAAUUGAAGUUAGCCAAGCCAAGGAGACUAAUCGUGACAAUAAGUUCAAUCCUAUGAAAUUGUUUCAAAAAGAUCCCGAACACAAAAGGAAACAGCUAGUAAGAUAUAUGACUGAUGAAGAAGAGCUACAAAACUUUGCAUCUCCCCAAGGAUUAUUGAUUAACGGUGAAGUUGGUUGUGGGAAAUCCAUGCUAAUGGACAUUUUUGCUGCAUCUUUACCGCAUAAAUCCAAGAUGCGGUGGCACUAUAAUAACUUCAUUUUGUGGGUUUUUAGUGAAAUGCAUAAUAUCCAACAACAGCGACAACUUCAAGUUGGUUUACAAAAAUAUACUAUGGAGAAUGAAUUUUUACUAUACGAAGUUGCUCAAAAGAUGGUUCAAAAAAAUUCUAUUUUGAUGUUGGAUGAGUUUGUCUUGCCUGAUAUUGCUUCUGCUAAUAUUAUCAAAAUAUUGUUUACGUUUUACUUCAAAUUAGGAGGUGUAUUGGUUGCAACGUCAAAUAAAUUACCAGAAGAAUUAUAUUCUACUGAUUUCAGUAAGCGUAAAUUCAAAGAUUUUGUGGGAAUAUUGAAUAUGAGAUGUCAGUCGAUUGACAUGAAAUCGGAAAAGGAUUAUCGUACUUAUUUUGCUAAUGAAUCUUCAAAAAUUCUGUAUAUGGUGACUAAAAAAGAUAAUCCGGAAAAUGAGAAAGAUUGGCUAAAGUUAUUGAAGAUUGAAGCUUUGGGUAUUCCAUCAGAUUCACAUUUGCUUGAUGAAAGAGUUUCUUUGGAAGAUUUAGGAGAUGGGCCAUCUUCGGUGACAGUUUAUGGGAGAGUCACUAAUAUACCUUUAUCAUUUAACAAUCAUAGCGUAUGCUAUUUGGAUUUUAAGGAUAUAUGUCAAGGGUUGUACUCAUCAUCAGACUACAUUACUAUUGCAUCUACAUUCAGAUGUAUUAUAUUGGAUAAUGUUCCAGUGAUGACAACAAAAAUGAAAAAUGAUGCUAGAAGAUUCAUCACAUUUUUAGAUGCAAUUUAUGAGUCUCGAUGUCAGUUUUUUAUGAGGAGUGAUAUUGAGAUAGAUUAUCUUUUCUUUCCGGACGUUUUAAAUUCAGAUAAUAAAGAGUUGAUGGAUUAUGUGAAAAGUAUUCAACCCGAAAGUGGAAAUGAGAAUAUCAUGGAAGUUCAAGAUGAGGAAAUGUUUGCUCGUACAUCAAUAGAUAUGAAUAACCCAUACCGUCCAAAUAUUUCUACUUACGAUCAAUCGUAUACCAAGUCAUUUGAUGAUUUCAAGUCAGCACAGAAAGAGAACAUAAACAACGAAUAUAUGAACACCAGAGCCUUUACAGGUGACGAUGAAAAAUUUGCAUUCAAACGAGCUGUUUCUAGAGUAAAGGAAAUGGUUGCUUCUGAAACCUGGAGACUUAAUGAUCGGUGGGUGCCAUUGGAUCAUACUAUGAGACCAUGGGAGUCACCAACUGCAGGUAACAACAAUAAGGCGAAGAAUUCAGACUAUUUGGUUACAGACGAAAACCAAAAGCUAGACAAAUUAUUGGAGGAAAAGGGUAUUAAAAAUAUUACAUUGGAGAUAGCUGAGUCAUUACCACGGGAAUAUUCUCGGGGCCAAGGGGUUCUGUUUAGACUAUUAAAUUCUAGGAUUGCUCCGAUUUUUGAUAGUUUGCAACAUUAUUGGGCUAUAGGGAAAUGGUCUCCUGAAAACGGAAAAAGGUUAAAAGAUUCCAUUGCCAGAAGUUGGAUAAGAUCAAGUGUUCGAAAGAAAUAA